UAAUUGGUAGAGAGUGAUCGAAGAAGAAGAGAGUGAGAUCGAUGGGCCAUCGUUGCUGCAGCAAACAGAAGAUCAAAAGAGGUCUGUGGUCUCCUGAAGAAGAUGACAAGCUCGUCAAAUUCAUUACCACUCAUGGCCAUAAAAGUUGGAGUUCUGUUCCUAAACUUGCAGGGUUGCAGAGAUGUGGGAAAAGUUGCAGACUGAGAUGGAUAAACUAUCUGAGACCUGAUCUCAAGAGAGGUUCCUUCACUGCCGAUGAAGAACAAACCAUUCUCGACGUUCAUCGAAUUCUCGGAAACAGAUGGGCUCAGAUAGCUAAGCAUCUACCGGGAAGAACAGACAACGAGGUGAAGAAUUUCUGGAACUCAUGCAUUAAGAAGAAACUCAUUUCUCAGGGCUUUGACCCUCAGACUCACAAUCUCCUCUCUUCUCACAGACGACCCUCUCUUUCUGUUUCUUCCUCUUCUGCCACUAACAAUGAUCAUAACAAUGAUUCCACUUUCAAACUGGUUCAUGAACCUGAAAACAUGAAUCUUCAACAACCUUGUACCUCCACCGUCUUCUCCAUCCAAUACCAACGACCCAAUUCGACCAGCACUAAUAAUCAUAAUGUCUCUAACAGUGAUAAUGUUGUCCAUGAACCUCAUAAUUUCCCCUUUGAAUCAUCCAUUAUUAAUGGGAAUAUUCCUGCGCCCAACUUUUCUUCGUCCUCUUCUGCCUGCAUCAAGAACAACAACUAUAAUGAUUGCUCAUUAUCUUCCCUUGUUGGGUUUUCUGAGAAUAUUGACCACAGAUCAUCAUCAUCAUCAUCAUUGUGGGUUUCUCGGGAUGAUAUUGCUGAAACUGACCAGAUCUUGAGAUCAGCUCAGACAUUAAUGCAAGGAGAUAUUACUGAAGCACAGUUGGAACAAGAGAAGGAGAAGAGCAGUACUAAUAAUAUAGACCAAGUCAGAGAGGAGGACCAUUUUAAUAAUAAUAAUAGUAACUGUUUGGAAGGGUCAAGCAAUAACUUUGAUUUUGGGUUGUUGGAAGGUGUACUUAACUCUGAAUAUAUGUCUUAUGACGUCCUCUCCUCCAUGGAUGAUCUUGCAUGGAACUUUUAGAUCAUGCACCCCUCUUUGACAUUCCUUUUAAUUUUGUUUAUAUUUCGUCAUUGUAACUAAAUUUCUCUUAUCUGUCAACUUAAUUGGGAGAAAUAUUUGUGUAUCACAUAACAGGUACUCUAUACAAAAUACUUUAGACGAAAUAUUCUUCAGUUAAUUAUUGUCAUUUCACAUGUAACAUUUGUAAA